AUGUAUGUGAAAGAUGGCGAGAGGGGCAUCCCGAUCCGGCCAGAUAUUAUCGACGAGGCUUUAAUCGCCAGCGACGUGUUUGACCUCAACGAGCUGCUGGCCCUGGAGCUGUUACUUGCAGGUAGACACGAGACGCCGUCCCACCUUGAAUUUGGAAGAGGCCUUUGUUCCGUACUGCUCUUUUAUCGGCAUCGCGGCUUUUAUGCGAAAGCGAUACGACUUUUGAUACAAAACAGAAAUGGACGAAGAUGGGUCAGCGAUCUCCCGAAGGAGUUCGGCACUCUUAUCACCAACUUCACUGAAGGAUUGGUUUUCGACGGCUUGCUGAGCAGCAUUCUUGAUUUCUUGCGAAAUUUUUCUAUCGCUAAGGAACUGGAGAAACUGCAGCGUCCGGAGGUGAAAGGCAUCGGCGGACCCCGACAUUUACGGAUGGUGACCGAUGAAAUGGUUGAGAUGGCGGCCAGUUUGGCGGAUUCGGUGUUUUUUUGGUUUUGCCAGUGCAAUCCCACCAAAAACUCGUUCAUCGCUCUGACCAGCCUUCUGCGAAACAUUGACUAUGACUUGGCUGAAGGACCGAGAUACAUUCAGAAAACUGUUCUUCCUCUGAUAAUGGCUGGCCUGGAGGCUAUCGAUGUACCUGCCGCCAAGGAGGUGAACUUGUCAGAGACGGUUGGUACUGAAAAUCAGAUUUUCGAAGAUCCCACGAUUUUGAAUAUCUUCUUCGAACAGAUCGUCGACUCGGUUUGGAAGCAGAAGCAAAUGCAGGCCGUGUUUCAGCUGACAUUGGCCGUCACGAUUCGACUAUUGAACCAGCGCGCCCUCACUCCAACAGUAGACGAAGAUGAUAUGUUCGACAAAAGCUUGGAACAGCGGCCGUUUCAUUGGCUAUUGCAGAAUAUCUUGCAGGAGCAGUUUUUCGUCGAAGAAUUUUUCAUUCGUAGAAUGCAUGGCCUGGUCACUCAGCUCAUUACGUUUUUUCCUACCAAGGUAAACCGACUGCCUCUUCUGGCUAGUAUCAAGCGCAAUUGUGGGCAACGUAAAAUCUAUAGAUGAAG